AAACGUGCAGGAAAUUUGCAAGGUCGAGAGAAUUCGCUCACGAUCUUCCUGGAGUUCGUGCAGGAAUUCGCCCUUUUCCCGUAAUUUUCAUGAUAUCCAAAGCCAAAACUUCGCAUUCUCUCGAGUCAUUCUUUCGUGACAUUUUCAAACCAGAUUCGAAUGUCCCUCACAGGGCUCUGCGAUGGAAAAAGUACCUGGUCGUCCCGACCAUCAUUGCUUUCAUGUACCUCGUCUACGCCUUCAAUCAAGAGGAGCGCAUCCUCAUACCAAGCUAUUGGGUGCACCCGAAGAACCUAGCCGAAACAGGGAAGGACGACCGACCGGUUGUGGCCACAGCUGCAUGUGGAGUGCAGGCCACGGAGGAAGUCCUCCUCUCCCUGCGAUCCCUCAUCCUCCUCUCUCACGUCCCCUUCCGAUUCGUCGUCGUCGCCGACGAGCCCACGACCAAGUUAUUCCAGCAGGUGCAGAGAACGCUUCCUUCGCACGUGCAACUCGAGAUCGUGGGGAUAUACAAACGCAUUCCGUGGAAGUAUCGUCCCUGGCAUAAUGCAUUCCACGAACCCUGCCACUGGCAGAGGCUUUUCUUGCCCUACAUUCUCCCCCACGACCGUUUUGUUGUGUAUGUCGAUGCGGACGUGCUGUUCUUCGUCGGCGUCGAAGACGUUUGGCAGGCUUUCAGUCGGCUGGGACCCAACCAUUUAUUCGGCUUCACCAUGGAGCACGAGGAGAACUCCACAUCGUCCAUCUACGAGAGCGGGUUCCACAGCGGGGUCCCGUAUUACGGAAAGUCCGGUCUCCAAGGCGGAGUCUUCUCGAUGGACCUUGCGAAGCUGCGGCCCAUGGGAUGGGAAGACGAGGUCCAGAAGAUCCUGGAAGAGCACGGGCGCCUCGGCUGGAUGGACCAGGACGUCCUCAACAUCUUCGGCCAUCACCACCCGGACACCAUCAAAGUUCUCCCUUGCCGAUGGAAUUUCAGGCAGGUACAUUGCAUCUACGAGGACAACAGGUGCCUCCCGGCCCAGGAGGAGGGAAUCGCCCUGCUCCACGGCUCCGGCAACGCCUUCCACAACUGGCGGUACCCGGGGAUCCGAACGGCCGCGGAUGUCUUCCGGGAAUGGGACUUCCGGGCGGACCCUUCCGGCCUCGCGGACGAGAUGGAGCGAAGAAUCGCGAUGCUGGAUGGCAACGCCAGCUGUGAUCCCUUGCGGCUUCGAUUCUUCAGCAAAGCCAUCAGGAACCAGAUGCCCCAGGCGUUCGUCGCAUCGGGAGAUUAGUGCUUCGCGUCCACGCGACUUACGUCAAGUGUCCACCGUGAAGACUUCCGUGUUUCAAAGACUUCCAUGUUUCAAAGACUUCCGUUUUUCAAAGACUUU